AUGCGCGCCAGCUCAACAUCAUCAACCGAUUCGAAUGGUUUUCCCGUCAAAGAUCCUGAUGCAUUGAAGUUAUUUGUCGGUCAGAUUCCUCGCAAUCUCGAAGAGAAAGAUCUGCGACACUUAUUCGAGCAAUUUGGAAAAAUCUACGAGUUCACGAUUCUGAAGGACAAAUACACUGGCUCGUUAUCGCAGUUCAAGCUCGAUCUCAAAGAAUUUAGGAAAAAGCAAACAUUUUUGAAACAUUUUUGA